AGCAGCAGAUAGAUAAGGGGAAGGAAACCAACGGACGAUGGAGGUGCCGCCCCGUCCCCGCACGACGGAGGAGAAGGAGAGCAGAGCAUGGCACUGGGGACGCAGCCGCUGCGGCUCCGCGUCGGAGUGGCCUCUGCGGCGUGCCGGCCUCCGAGCCCCGGCAUCCGGGCGCGCAGUGGCGGGAGGAGGAGGACGCGGUCUGUAGCCGUAGCGGCGGCCGCGGCGGUGAAGGGGGCGGCGGCGGCGGUGGUGCGGGAGUUCUACGAGGGCGUGAACCGGCGCGACCUGGCGGCGGUGGCGCCGCUGAUCGCGGAGGGGUGCGUGUACGAGGACCUGGUGUUCCCGCGGCCCAUGGUGGGGCGGGACCGGGUGGUGGGCUUCUUCGGCGAGUUCAUGGGCUCCGUCAGCCCCGACCUCCGCUUCGUCAUCGACGACAUCUCCGGCGACGACCCCUCCGCCGUCGGCGUCACCUGGCACCUCGAGUGGAAGGGGCGGCCGUUCCCGUUCAGCAGGGGCUGCAGCUUCUACCGCUGCGAGCCCGACCCGCAGCGGCCGCAGCAGAUUCAGAUCGUGUAUGGCCGGGACUGCGUGGAGCCGGCGACCAAACCCGGGGAGCUGGCGCUGGUGGUCAUCAGGGGAGUCACCUGGAUUCUGGAGCGCUUCCCUAGCCUUGCCGACAGGCUCUGACUCGAUCCUUACACAACUCGAACCUCCCUAGAUGAUUCAUGGUUGUAACGGGCUACAACUCUCUGGUUUUCACAUGCCAUGCGUAUGCGUAUCUCUACUCCUAAUGGAGCAGUUGGUGAAUAGUCCGCGCGGUUUAUUUUCGCUGGUUUAUUUUCA